GUCUAAUAGUGUCGAUGAUGUUGGAGCGGCUCUCGUGGUACGUCGGCGAACAGAACCUGAAGACCGAACUCAAAGAUCCGUCCAAACUGUUCGCCGACUACGCCAUCGGCGUUCUCGACCUGUGCUUCUCUCAGGACGAGUCGCGCGCCAACGAUGUGCUCAGCGAAGACCCCGUCGAGUGGAACUACAAGACAGCGGUGGACAUCGCGGCCAACGCCCGUCUGCGCACGUUUCUCGCCCACCCGUGUUGUCAGAAGUGGUUGACCAACACAUUCCUCGGCAAUAUACGGCUCCGGGAGAUGAGUUGGGGCUUCUUCUCGAUGCCGCCGUCGGUGAAGAUACUGUUGUCGGCGCUGUUGGUGUUCCCGAUGUACGUGUGGGUCAGGUUUAGGCCGAAGUCGGGCCGACAGUCGGCACACGACGAGCGCACCGAAGAACAGGAGGACGAGAGGGACGCCAUGGAUGAGGAGCAGCAUCUGAUCAACGCUCAGGCGGCGGCGGCCACAGCGGCCGGCGGUGAUGGCCAGAAACCCAGCGUAGGCUUUGUCGGCACUUUCAUUCCCGGCCCAGUGGGUGAUGCCUUCGAAGAGGCCGGCGAUCUGUUGAAUAAAACUGGCGAAGAGUUGGCCAAACAGUCGCGUCACUACCAGACAGUUAUCAAACACCGCGAGCUAUUGAUCCGCAAACAGCCGCCGCUCUUCACAAUGAUCUACGACAUGUGGAACGCGCCGAUUACCAAGUUCUGGAUGUUUAACUUGUUUUACAUCAUAUUCUUAGUGUUGUUCAGUUUGGCGCUGGUGUGGCCCUCGUGCGGGAACUACUACUUGGACUCGACUGUGUGCGCGUGGACUGCUCUCAUACUUCUGGAGCACAUCCGGCGCACAUUCGUACUGUACCGCAAGUACACGUCUGUGCCCAUCGUAUUCAAAUGCAUGGAGAUCGUGGCCAUCAUUGUAUUCGUGGUGAUCUACGCCUCCGGGCGUGUGUUUGACCGCCGCAUCUUUGGCUACUACACCAUGAAAGUGAUGCUAUCGUUCGCACUCAUCUACUUUUACUACCGCCUGUUCGCCGUACACCUGCCCAUCAGUCCAACACUCGGUCCGCUACUGUAUCGGCUCAAGCUGAUGAUCACGGUCGAUUUUGUCAACUUUAUGCGUAUGGCGUUACUCGUGAUUUGUAGCUCAGGUGUGGUCAUACAGGCCGUGCUCUACCCCGACGAACCGCUCAGCCUUAAGAUGUUUCGCCAGGCGUUUCAUCGGGCGUUUUUCACCCUAUUCCUCACGCCUACCUCCGAGAUAGUAGACAACUCCCGGAGCGCUUCACUCGUAUCUAUAGAUGGGUUCCCAGUGAACGGUAUACCAGAGUCGGCCCCUGUCGUAGUCGUGGCCCACAAUCUGGCCGUUAAGGCUCUCAUCGGCGAUGAUCUGUCGCACAGGUAUAUACACCCGACCAAUGAGUUCAUCCAUAUUGAACUUAUCCGAGUCGAAGAGCUCGAACUGCAGUAUGGCUUCGGGCGCCACCCGGAGCCGGUGCUCGAACAGGUAGUUCCACUUCGGGGCCAUCGUGUUGUGGUCCACUUUGGAGCGGCCAAUCUUCUGGUGCUGAGCGCCGUCCAGCACUCGCCGUGUGGUGACCUCCGGUGCGAUGGUUGUCGUUGUGGUUGUUGUGCGAGUAGUGGUGGUCUCUUCGAUGAGUCCCAACGCCUGUAUAGGAUUGUCCCGACUUUCGGAGAGUGCUGUGACGCUGAGACCAAGUCCUGGUCGUGGUGUGUGUCUCGAUGUCGGGGCACCAGUAGGAACACCAGUAGAGCUGUGGCCACGACCAGCGCUGUGCCCACAAUGGCUAACCGUUUCCAGUCGAGCCACUGUCUGGUGCGCGCUAUGGUGUGCACUGGGAUCAGCUGCAGUGCGCCCAUUGUGUCGGCCGCCGACUUCUUGAACGACACGGUAAAGUCCUUCAUGGGUUGUCUGGUUGGUAAUCGUAGUUUCCUGUCACUCGACUCACGACACUUCCAAUACAUA